AUGUUCCUAGCAGCUUUGCUGCGGAGACCGCUCAAGAAACUUCGAAUCCCGUUGUUCAAGAAGGAGAUAAUGAGUGUUUCCGACAGACUUGAUGAGCUGCUAGAGAGGAUUAUUGUGGAGCACACAGAGAAACUAGACGAGAAGCAACAAGAUAAGGAUAUGAUGGACGUGUUGUUGGCAGCUUAUCCAGACGAAGAGGCAGAGUAUAAGAUCACUAUGAAUCAAAUCAAAGCAUUUUUUGUGGAGCUUUUUGUUGGAGCCACUGAUACCUCUGUCCAAACUGCUCAGUGGACAAUGGCUGAGAUCAUUAAUAAUCCUAAUGUUCUUGAGAGGCUGAGAGAGGAAAUCGAUUCCGCUGUAGGGAGUUCAAGGUUGAUUCAAGAAACAGAUUUACCAAACCUUCCUUACUUGCAAGCGGUGGUUAAGGAAGGGUUAAGACUACACCCGCCUGGCCCUCUCCUGGUAAGGACGUUCCAAGAAAGAUGUGAGAUCAAAGGGUACUACAUACCAGAGAAGACAACGCUUGUUAUUAAUGCUUAUGCUGUGAUGAGGGAUCCUGAUUCUUGGGAAGAUCCUGACGAGUUUAAGCCUGAGAGGUUUCUAAGUCCUAAAGAAGACGAGAAAGAGCUAGCAUUUAAGUACCUUCUUUUUGGCAGCGGAAGGAGAGGAUGUCCUGGAGGAAAUCUAUCUCAAAUAUUUGUAGGAACCGCGGUAGGAGUGAUGGUGCAAUGCUUUGAAUGGAAAAUCGAAGGAGGUAAGGUCAAUAUGGAAGAGUCUUUUGAAGGAAUGAACCUAAGCAUGGUGCAUCCGCUCAAGUGUGUUCCGGUUGCUAGACCACAAGCUUUUUCUUUUACUUGA